AUGUCCCCACCGCGCAUCGAUCCGCUCCGCCCAACGCUCGCUCCUCCCACCCGCCCCGCUUACAGCACCCCCUCCCCCGCCCCCCUCCCACGUCGCACCCGCGCCUCGGUCCGUGUCGCGACGCCCGCGCGGUCACCUGUGUCGCACGUCCUCAGUCGCAAAGCGGCCGCGACGCGCGCCACCCGCUUCGCAACGCGUUUGUAUUAUGACAGUGACGUGAUGGAAGGCAAAGAGUUCGGUGCGGUUCCCGGCUUGCCGGCCGGUCUGGACUAUUUCAUGAUGCCGCGUGUCAGUCAACCCGCGCCGCAGUUCGACUUUAGAAAAUUAGGCGCCAGCUUCAGUGGCCGAGACGAAGACAGGAGCGAUGAGAGGCGGUCACCCGAGUAUUCGGAGCGCCGCGACCCACCGCCGGCGCCCUGGCCUCUCGGACUCGGCGUUCAGUUCGUGAAUCCUGCAACUGGGAAAAAGAGGGUGCAAUGCAACGUUUGUCUCAAGACUUUCUGCGAUAAGGGCGCGUUGAAAAUACACUUUUCGGCGGUUCAUUUACGAGAGAUGCACAAGUGUACAGUGGAAGGGUGUACGAUGAUGUUUAGUUCGCGCCGUUCGAGAAAUAGACAUAGUGCUAAUCCUAAUCCAAAGUUACAUUCGCCGCACGUGCGGCGCAAGAUUUCGGCCCACGAUGGCAGGUCAGCACAGCCUUUCCCGCUUCUGCCGGCAUUAGCGCGGUUGCCAUUACCGCCUCCUGCCUUACUACCUCCGGAGCUAGCAGCGCGGCUACCUCCUCCGCUAUCGGCACCUUCUGGACCCUCACCUCUACAAUCUCGAGUGCCACUCGACGACCUCCACAACUUCAGUGAAAUUGAAAAAAUGUACAGAAAGCUACCUCCUCCUGAAGAACCAUCUCGUGGCGCUUUAGAUCUGGCUAAACAUUUAGUGAACGUUGACGAGGACUCCGUUAAUUAUAGUGAAAUUAAUGAUGAAUUAUCGGACGAUGAACAGAAAGAUAAAUGCGAAAAAAUUGCUGAACCUCCAGUGAUACAAAGGCUGAAUUAUGAUGAUGAACCGGAAGAUUUAACUGUGAAUAAGAAAAAAGUUGAUGAAAAACCCGCCGAAAAGGAAACUAAAAUUGAAAAUAGAAAUAACCCCACCGUAACAGAUGAUAAGGUUUCUUCAAUGGUUCCAAAUAAACGCAAACGAAAAAGCGGCAAUCCCACUCGGUGUUCUCAAACCAACGAAUAUAGCGUAUCUGAUGAAGAAUAUCAAGGUGGUGAUUUAUUUAGAAAUCUUUCCACGCCCGGCUCGAGUCGUGCCGACGAUGAACCGUUAUCGUUAAAAAAGCAAAAGUCUGAAAAGUGGGAAUCAUUUCAGAACGGUGAAGAAGCUACCGCGGAUUCCGAAUCAGUGACGCGUGUGAAAGCCGAAAGUGAAUCUGAUGACGAAUCAAGUGCACCGAGCGUUGUUCGCGAGGGUUUGAGACUGCGAUCAGAUCUAUAUACUCCGAGUGAUAGCGGCAGUGAUUUACACACCAUGGAGGAGCGACUGGCAAGAGCGCGCUCGCCAUCAGCGAGCAGUGACAAAACAGACGACAGGGCAGAUAUCAACGAUCUCGAAAUACCCAUAGACGAUGAGAACCCAGAUCGGUGUACUGCUUGCGGUAAAGUAUUUCAAAACCACUUCACCUUGCGAAUGCAUUACCGAAACGAUCACUUAAAGUUGCUCCAUCCAUGCGACGUGAACGGGUGCGAUGCUGCGUUUCCUUCGCGGCGGAGUCGGGAUAGACAUAGCUCGAAUAUCGAUUUGCAUCGGAGAUUAUUAUCGACUAGCUCACCUGACACUAGAGAACAUAGGCCUCCGAUGGAGGUGAACAACGAACUUUUGAAUAAACUGUAUGCAGACAUUAAAGGACUGGCUUCCACAUUAGAGAGUUUAAGGUACGGAGGGAAUGAAGAAGCGUCUCAACUUCCUAGUUACGUAACUGAGACGAUGAAGUUUUACAGUCGGAACUUGGGUGCGUUGCAAACGGGUUUGUUUUCGCAGUUUGGCGAGAGGUCGGGGUUUUUUCCGAGUCCUUUUUUGAUGGGUAACGGGGUGCCACAUGCUGGUGGGCCUUAUGGAGCACCUGCCGGAGCUCAAUCAGCGAGGGAGUCGAUGUCGCCUCUAUCGGCAUCAUCGCCACCCGUUAUAUCUCCAGGGAGGCUGGAUGCGGCUCAUGCCCGCCCUCGCGAUGACGCGAAGCUGCUUUUUCGCGAGACCUCGGAAUCCUUCAAAAAGAUGACGUCAUUAUGUGAGCGGCAAGAACAGCUUUACCAACACCACGUGCCGGUGUCAUGACGCCGCCUUUGUCCCCGCCCUUCCUGGUGAUACCUUAUCUCCCCAAGCUAACCGCGUUAGCGACAGACUGUAUAUUUAAUUGUUAAUAAUUUUAAUUGUGUUAAUUCUAUUUUGUAUUUCGUUUUGUAUUUUUCUUGUGAUAUUUAGACAAAUAUAUGGUAAUUAUCGAUCCCACAAACUGUAAGUUAAUAGGGAUAGGACAGUGAAUCGGCGUUUGUGACGCAAAGUGCAAUAACGGACUUGGAUAUUAUAAAUAUUAAUGGGCUCGACGUACGUUAUGUACCGUGUAGACUAUUCAUAAUCGAUGUUGAAAGUAAACGUUAUAAUGAUCAGCUUCAUUUAUUGUUCUGGCGCAAUAAACUCAUUGAGGAAAAUUCUAAAAUU